GUCGAUUCUCGCUCUUACACCAACUCAUCGCGAUGUCAGUCCUAUUCGUGCUUGUUUACAUACUAAAAGGGAAAUCCCUCCGCCGGUGCUUGUCAAAAACCCUCAGGGCAGAGGAUGUCGCGUUUCUCGAGCUGUUUUCUCGCAUUCUCAUGGGUCGCGAGAGCUACGCAGAUGAAGUCUCAAGCGCACUAGAACAAGGAAUUGAACUCGAAUGGGAAGAUGUUUACGAUUUUGUUUAUCCUUUCGGCGACACAAGAGUUCGGGCUUUCAAUAGUGUUUGGACAUUCGACCUCGACAAGGACGUUCUCUUCCACACGAAACAUGACAGGCCUUGCUCGGCACCUCUCAGCCUGGCAAGGGAUCGGCCGCUUACCUUGGAUGACUUUGAGCUGGUGCAAUCGCCAACUCAGUUAACCGCAGAGGAGCAGACUGUUCCAGGACCGUACUGGGAUCUUCAACUUGAUGUGGAUCACCGAAAGAGGGCAUUUCUUGGUCGCAUCCUCCGCGACUUUGGUCAUACAUGGCGUCAUCUGCUACGGAGGCAAGUUAACAACGUCCCUUUCAUGAAGCUUGCAUACGCUGUUAUCUGGAUCCUCAAUAUCGGUUUCACUAUAGUGGAACGUACGGGCUUUGAGCAUGUUGGUGGUCGUGGUGGACGAUAUGCCGGAGCGGCAGAUUUGCCACAAUGGGACACCCCAGAUGAACCGAUCGUUCAAGUUGGCUCAUGCUGGUUUGUCCUAGCACGAGACAUUCCCAAGGGACUUGACAUGAUACGAGAACACAUGGAAAGUCACGCAGCGAUCACUGAUUCAAAGACACAACAAAUCAUCUGCUGCAAGGUCCACGACGGCGAACUGGUACAUACACGACCAGAGUCACUAUUUGGCGAUGCUCCUCCUUCUGGCUCUGCUAUCGACCUUAUUCUUUGGGCAUCGGACAUAUAUCAAGGAGAUCCUAAGCCCAGUAGGCUCAACUAUCUUCCUGUCAAGAUCCAGGAUAGGGUACUUCGUCAGGCGGCAACAAGCAGUGUUGCAGCAGCGAAAUUGGGCAUUGAGCUAAGUCUGGGGUCGCCGUUCUCCUGGGCUGAACAACGUCGGAAGAUCAGGCUGGAAGAGACUCUGAGACAUCGGACAGAGGCAUCACCCGUCGAAACUCAAAUCUGCUUCAAUAGGACCAUAAGUGGUUUCUCAUAUAAGUGCGAAGCAGCACCAAUGGGUUGCAAGGUCGAAAGAAGCUCGCUUCCUGCACCUCCACGCCCUAAGCUUGCUGUUGGUCGGCCAUAG